CACAAACUGUAAAAGUUUAUUUGUUACAAUCUGCAAAGGAAACGCAAGUUGCAUUUUCACAAGCGGGCAAUGUUUUCGUAAAAUUGCACCAAAACUCCAACAACAACAACAACCAUCAUCAUCGACUCUCAAAUCCAAUCAAAUCAAUCCAGCAGCUCAGCUUAGCUCCCACGCUCCGAUCAGAUCCAUCCACCCCCGAUUCCUCUCCCUCGUCGUAGGUCUUCUCUUCCAAUUCGAAUCUGUGGAUUUCUUUUAGCUCAAUCCCGAUUCAGGUUCUUGAUUUUUUUUUUUGAGCUCGGAAUCAUUGAGCUUCUCCCUGAUUUGGAAUGAGAUUAAUUCUCUAUUGAGCUGAAUCGAAACUCAGAUUCGUUAAAUGUUGGUUUCCGUUUUUUGUAUUUAUAAUGGCUAUUGCUUUAAUUACUCUCUUCUUGAAGCUUAGGUUCCUACCUUCCUUGAGUUCAGUUAAUCUGCUGGGAUACGCUAGAGAUAGAGUUGGACACUGAACCAUUUGAACAUAUGAGUAUAUGAUUGGAACGGGGUCAAAGAUAUAUAUAUUUAUUCCUUGAGAUUCCAAAGUCCAUCACAGGGGUAAAUAAAGGCCCUGUGUACUAGAUUGUAUGCUCUGUGAAUGGUAGCCAAAAAGGUUGGCUGUUGAGUUUAGAUUGUUGAUGGAGCAAAGAGUGCAUCUACGCUGUGGUGGCACACUUGAAGUUAUAUCUAGUCAGGGAGAUGUAGACAGAGAACAGGUUUUAGAGCCGUUUGAUAUUGAAAACGAAACCAGCAAGGAGACAAACCGCUCCAGCAGUUUUGAUGUUGGUUACAGUUCCGGUGAUAACCUCGAAACGUUGCCUACACCCUCCAAAGAUGCUAUCUCUCCAGCCGACAUCCUAAAAACACUAUUCUUUAUACUUGUAUGGUACACUUUCAGCACAUUUUUGACUCUGUACAACAAAACUCUCUUAGGAGAUGAUUUGGGGAAAUUUCCUGCUCCCUUGUUAAUGAAUACCAUUCAUUUUUCUAUUCAAGCGGUUUUAUCAAAGAUGAUAACAUGGUACUGGUCCGGAAGAUUUCAACCUGAUGUUACCAUGUCAUGGAGAGACUAUUUCAUUAGAGUUGUACCAACAGCACUUGCAACUGCUUUGGAUAUAAACCUAAGUAACGAGUCACUUGUCUUCAUAUCGGUUACGUUUGCAACAAUGUGCAAAUCAGCAGCCCCAAUAUUUCUUCUUCUGUUUGCUUUUGCCUUCAGGCUGGAGUCUCCAAGCCUGAAACUUUUUGGCAUUAUUUCAGUUAUCUCAGCAGGAGUGUUGUUAUCAGUUGCAAAGGAGACGGAAUUUGAGUUUUGGGGUUUCAUUUUUGUCAUGCUUGCUGCCGUCAUGUCUGGUUUCCGUUGGUGUAUGACCCAAGUUCUUUUGCAGAAAGAAACCUAUGGCCUGAAAAAUCCAUUCACAUUUAUGAGUUGCGUGGCACCAGUGAUGGCUAUAGUGACUGGUCUUCUUUCUCUCCUCCUGGAUCCAUGGAGUGAAUUUAGAGAGAACAGAUACUUUGAUAAUGGAGAGCAUUUUGCUCGAACUUGUUUCUUGAUGCUUUUUGGUGGAGCACUAGCUUUUUUCAUGGUGUUAACAGAGUAUGUUCUUGUUUCGGUGACCAGUGCUGUAACCGUCACAAUAGCGGGCGUCGUUAAAGAGGCUGUCACCAUAGUGGUUGCAGUGUUUUACUUCCAUGACGAAUUUACGUGGCUGAAAGGUUUCGGUCUGAUGAUCAUCAUGGUUGGUGUCAGUUUGUUCAACUGGUACAAAUAUGAUAAACUACAAAAGGGACACAAGACAGAAGAUGAGAAGCAGCUACAAGCUCCGAGUCAAACUGGAAAAUAUGUGAUUCUUGAUGAGACGGAUGAUCAAGAAAAUGGGCCUUGAGCAAUUUUUUUGUGUUGCAUCCAGAAUCUCUGGUAAUUCUUUAUAAACGAUCUCAUGAAACUGAGUUUCUCUUCCUUCUUGCAUGGAAACAUCAGAGAUUCGCAAGUCAAAUGAAUUCAAGUUUAUUCUAUAGAACUACAUAACAUCAGAUUACAUUA